UGCAUUUUGUACUCAACCUGCAUCUGACCUGCAUUUUGUACCCUCCGUCACAAAAAAAUAUGCUUCAAAUGCAUCAUAAACAGCUGGGGUCACCCAGGCCUUUCCUUUUUAUAUGUAAUCUUUGUUCCCAGCAUUUCCGUAAGCAGUUCAUUUCUUUCAUAGCUCCACUUUUCUUUGAAGACUAUAAUAAUUGAGAACUUCCCAUUAAGGGUGUCACAUCUUUAAUGCCUGAAAGAAAAGAGGGAACAUUAGAACAAAAAUGCACAAAAAAGACGACUUAAGGAUACCUAUCUUUACUAAUAUGCUCUGGGAACUACAACAUCGCUCUAAAUGACUGUUUGAUUUCAUUUCAUACUAUGGAAAAUAGUAGUACCCAAAUUGACAGUUCAGGAUGGAAACACAAAGACAAACUUUACUACUCUAUUGAUUUAAAUAUAUAAGAUAUGUCAUUCUGAUAAUAGACAACUUCGAAAAAUAGUUUUGUGAUCAGAGAAAGAUAUUGACCAGAAACGCUCGCGCGCCUAGUUUGUCCGUAAUAUGGCGUUAGAUCCCCGUCAAAAUUCAUGUGUCGUAUUUUAAUCUACACUUCGCAAUUUCAACGUUAACUUUUCAAUUAUAAACUCAACUUUUCGUAUUUUGAAGUCGAUAUUUCGUAUCUGCGUGCUUUGGUUUUCAAGUUUCACGUUUGGAUUUAUCUAUACCGCGUGUCGAUUACAACUCCGAAUCGUAUUUCAAACUCAACUUUCGUAUUUUCAAUGGCUAGGCGCGUCACGCAACGCGACAUCGUGGAUUAUCAGUAACUCCAAAUCGUAUUUCUAGCUACUUAUGCAUUUUCAAUGGCGGCGCGUCACUCAACUCGACACCGCGGAUUAUAAGUAACUCCGAAUUAUAAGUAACUCCGAAUCGUAUUUUAACACAUUGACCCCUCAACCGGCCUGUACCGGCUUUGGGAAGUACCCACAACCCAAAAAAUUCAUAAAUGCAAAAUAAACACAACAAGAUGAAGAUACUCAGGCAUCAGUCUAAGGGAUAAAUGGCAGAUCUGUCAACUCUCCCGGAUAAACCGGGAGUCUCCAGGUUUUGCAGCAAAUCUCCAGGUCUCCAGGUUUAACGCUAAAUCUCCAGGUUAAGUAGUAUUCUCGGAGACUUUAAGUUGUAAUUGCCCGAAAACUUCGUAAUGAUGAAUAAAAUGUUUUGAAAAACACAACGUGUGAGUUAUUUUUUUGCGAAUCGUCGAGAAACCGAUGCUAGACAGGGGAUAUAAAACUACACAUGAUGAUUGGUUGAGCAGUAGACAAAUUAUUGACCGUAAUAGAAUUAGAGAAUACAUCAGCUGAGUUGAUUGGUUAGUUAUAAGCCAAAUGUAUGCAUCGUCUCAUAGGUCACGCACGUGGAGUAGUACGCGGGUUUUUUCUCCAAAAGCCAGACACUGUUCCAUCUGUAAACAUGGCACAAGCCAUCGAUUUCGGUGGCAUUCAAAUAGAGUUUUUAGGGGCACUUUCUUCGGGAUUCAUAGGGUUAAGAAACCUAGUGGAGAAAAAGCUGAAAGAUAUAGCUCCACUUGACGUUCAGACGCAAGCAUUUCAUUCGCCAGGUGGAUGGACCAGUGAUGGACCAGUGGGCGUAGAGCCAAUAAGUACCUAUGGCGAUGGCGACUGCCUUUUCCGGGCCAUUUCUAGAAUUUUGACAGGGGAAGAAGAUCUUCAUGUGAAAUUACAAGUGAGGACCUUUAUGGAACUGUGCUCAAAACACGACAAGUACUUAGACAAGCGGUUCCUGAAGGCAUUGACGGGACUUGAAGAUGUUGUACAGCAGAUGCUAGACAGCAGUUUUAAUACAUCCCCCUCUGUGAGAGGGAAGACGAAGCAAGAAUGUCAGAAAGAGGGGUACGAAGCUUGCAUAGUGAACACCAUUAAGUCGGGGACGUACUGCAAUAUCUGGCAUAUUUUUGCGCUGUCUAAUGUUGUUGGCUGCCAGAUUCAGUCAGUUUACCCGGAGGUCGUAGGAUCACUGAUUGACCGACAGUACUUUUAAAAACGGGCGCAUCACGUCCGAGGUAGUGCGGUCUCCAAUGGUCGCCUCGCUUAUGUGGACCCACACAAAGAACGUCAACCUGACAGGUUGGGCUCCUAACCACUUCGUUCCACUUUUACCUCCAUCUCCGGAACCAGUCCCGACCCCCAAAGCACCAGCAUCAAGGCCAGGCACGAAGCGUCCAGCGAGCCCGUCGACUCCUCCCAAAAUGCCCAGCAAAACUGCAAUGUAUAGAGGCUCCUUAAAGUACCAGUCGAGCUUCUCGUCGAAGUGGACCCAACAGUGGCCUUGUAUUGUGAGCGUCCAAGGAGAACCCACGAAGUUUCGCUGUACAAUCUGCGGCAACCGAGAAAUUUCCUGUGCAAAACAAGGUGCCAAGGAUGUCCGCGAAAACCUCAACACUACUAUGCACAAAAACAAUAAUGAGCAGAUGAAAAAACAAUCUACGUUAUUUCAAACAUGCGCAGCCGAAAGUAACAAAAUUGACAAGGUAACAUCAGCUGAAGUCCAAGUGGUAAUGGCCCUUGUAAAGCACAACAUUGCCCUCGCCGCAGCUGAUACCUUCAGUAGCUUGUUUCCCAAGAUCUUCCCAGAUUCAGAGAUAGCAAAAUGUUACCGGGCUGGACGGACGAAAUCUACCUGCAUCCUAAAUAACUAGCCACAUUUUAGGAAAUGACUAAGGCUUACUAUAAAUAUCUAAAUAUCUAGUUUAUUGCUUUAGCCCUGUUGUAUAUAUGAAUUCACUGAUUGCAUUUAUUAAUGCGUAACGUCUUUUUAUUGAACAGAAGCGCAUUGGUCGAGGGCAUGAAAUCUUCAGCCGACGACGGAUCCAACGAUAAUGGCACGCAGAAGAUGAACCCGCUUACGGUUAGGAUAUACGACAGUCAGUUGCAGCGGGUGAAGACAAGCUUCCUCGACAUCUGCAUGACAAGUGGGGGUACAGCUGAGGAUAUCUUCGCCAGCAUAGAUGGAUGUCUGACAUCUCUUGAUAUUCCUUGGCAAAAUUGCGUGGCAUUUGGAGUUGAUAACGCCAGCGUUAACGUCGGGAAACGUAACUCCAUCAUGACGAGGGGCCAGUCGAAGAACGACGUGGUGUAUUUCAGUGGAUGUCAGUGCCAUGUGGUACACAGCACUGCAAUGGAGGCCUCGACUGCACUGACAGAAGCAACCGGAUUCGACGUCCAAGAUCUUAUGGUGGAUGUGUUUUAUUGGUUCGACCAAUCAACAAAGCGGAAGGCGAAGCUAGUCGAGUAUGCUCAGUUCUGUGAUCAAGAGUAUCGUAAGAUCCUGAAAUAUGGAAGUACUAGAUGGCUCAGCAUGGAGAAAGUGGUAACCCUGCUGCUUAAACAGUAUCAUACACUACGAUCCUACUUCCUGUCGGAGGGGGAAAGUGCACCACGCUUCAAGAGGCUUGAAGUAGCCUUCCGAAACCCCAUGACAGAGGUCUAUCUCCUGUUUUAUCAGGCCGCCUUGCAGAUCUUCCUAAACCUCAACCUAUUUCUUCAGAGAGACGACCCUCUCAUUGGUGCCAUUAGCUCGAGCCUUAAACGCUUCCUCCAGCAGCUGGCGAUGAAGUUUAUCCCACGAAAGACCGUCCACCAAGCAGCGUCAAUGGAAGAGCUCCUGGAUGCACCCAAGCAUUUGCCAGAUUCCAAUGUGGAUGUUGGGCUUAUCACGAAGACUUCUUCGAAUAAGCUUGUUGCCGCCGGCGAUGUUAGCCCUGACGCCGCAUCAACAUGUUACAAGGGAGCCUAGCUGUUUUAUGCCUCAGCUUUCCAGUACGCCCUUAAGCGCAUGCCUUUUAAGAAAGACCUGCUAGUAAACGCAGGGUUUGUACACUUUGAAGAGCGAGAGACCAUCGAUGCUGACAUGCCGGUUUUCUUUGUUCAGAGGUAUCCGAACCUUCUCCCUUUUGGGUCAGCCAUCGAACUGUAGGCCCUCUCUGAUGUCAGAUGGUGACCUUCCUAGCGCUGUCAGGCAAGCCAGCCUGGUUGAUGGUGGGCGCCUGAGGCCAGAUGCUGUGUGGGGCUACUUAAAUGGCCUGGUAUCACCUGAUGGCCAACCACGCUUCCCGCGUCUCUCCAAGGUCGCCCAGCUAGUAUUGACCAUACCACACUCCAAUGCAGCUGAGGAGAGGGUGUUCUCCAUGAUAAAGAAGAACAUGACACCCUACCGCUUCUGCUUAGACAACGAAGGUACGCUGUCAAGUAUCAUGACGGUCAAGCUGGAGCAGAGCAACCAGCCAGACGGCAUCAAGCUCCCUCCUGAGCUCCUGAAAUCUGCCAAGGCCGCCACUUUGGUCUACAACCGGGACCACCGAUGAGCAUUUUAAGAUAGCCCCAGGGCAGAUAACUUCAGGGGAAGGGGUUCUUUACCAGAUGGUGAGGAGAGAGUAGUAACUCGUAUCACGGUGGUAAAAGGGGUAUGGAUCACGUUUCACGGACAGACAAAUAGCCUUUAAAAUAGUCGUUUCUCGACAGUAAAAAAAUGGCCAAAUCUCGUUUCACGAAAAUACCCGUUACCACCCUGUCGGAUAACAAAAACCAUGUCUGUCUCAGGGCCGAUCGUUAUAAUUGUAUUUGGAUUUGAAUAUGAAAAAGCUACUUUUUUAUCGUUGUUAUGGAAUUGUGGUGGUGGAAAAUGGUGCAUUUAUGAAAAUGUGUAUUAUGAUAAAGUAAAACUGUUUGCAUUGUUAUUAAAGUUAUAGCAAAAUAGACCAGCUAAACCUAAUAAAACAGUGCAUUAUCCCGUA